ACGAGCAUUUCUUGACCUAGGCACUCUCGGCGAGAAGAUCCAGAGAAAUGAUCGGCGAGGAGUUGCAGUCUGCCUUUCCUUGCAAAGUGGAUCAGCAGCGUGCUUAUUUCUUUCGUCGAGAUUGUUAUUAGUGUUUCAAGCCGGUAUAAUGGGCGUCGAAUUUGUGGAAAAUACGACUUCAAGGGCCACUGUCGACAUUGAAUUCCAGGACCUUACUUACCAAGCAGGUGGUGAAACAAUACUGCACGGAUUAAAUGGAUUUUUCAAAUCUGGCCAAAUUUCUGGGAUUCUCGGCCCAUCAGGUGCAGGAAAAAGUUCCCUGAUGAAUAUACUCAUUGGUUACAAGACUGCCGGCGUGAGUGGCAACAUUCUGACGAAUGGACGAAAACGCGAACUGCGAAACUUCCACAAAAUUUCUUGCUACAUCCAACAAGAGGAACUCGUGCAGCCGCAUUUAUACGUCGAUGAGGCCAUGAACGUGGCCGCCUGCCUCAAACUAGGGCCCGUCGUGACCAGAGAAAAGCGAACGCUGAUAAUUAAUGAAAUUUUGGAAACACUCGGCCUGUUGGAGUGUCGGUGGACGAAAGCGGAAAGGCUAAGCGGCGGGCAGAAGAAGCGGCUGAGCAUCGCGCUUGAGCUCAUCAGCAACCCUCCCGUCCUCUUCCUAGACGAGCCCACUACGGGCCUGGACGUGGUUGCAGCAACGCAGUGCAUCAAACACCUGAGCUCGGUGGCCGCUCAGGGCCGCACCGUCGUCUGCACGAUCCACCAGCCAAGCGCCCUGAUUUUCUCGAUUUUCCAGCACGUCUACUUCCUGGCCGAUGGAUUCUGCGUUUUUCAGGGACAGGCCGAGAGGACAGUAGAUUUUUUGGCUUCUGCCAAUUUCCCCUGUCCUCAGUACAACAAUCCCGCCGAUCACGUGGUGGAGCUGUCGCACGGAUCGCCUAUGCAAGUCGCCAUUCUGAGUGACGCCAUCCAAAACGGAAGACGCAGCAUAGGAAACAACGUGGCUUGUCCGCCUUCUUCUUCGGUAGAUCUAAACCUGCUAGACGGGUUUGCAGAAUUUCCAACGUCAACGUGGUACCAGUUCCAAGUGCUUGUGCGCAGAAUGCUCUUGCAGACCACAAGAAGCAAGGCCAUGCUGAGAUUGCUCUUCACGCACCACCUGCUGUCCGCAGUGCUGCUGGGCGGAAUGUUUUACGACGUCGGGGAUGACGCCGGCAUGGCAUACCAAAACGUCAAAUAUUACAUAAGCGUAAUCGUGUUCUUCCUUUACGCUUACAUGAUGGCCGCUGUAGUCAUUUUUCCAAUCGAAGUGAAACUGUUGCGCCGAGAGUAUUUCAACCGCUGGUACGGUUUGAAGCCCUACUUCUUCGCUGCCACGGUCGCCAGGUUGCCGGUUCAGCUUGCUUUUGGUUCGAUGUUCAUGGUGAUAUCCUACUACAUGACCGGACAGCCCCUCGAAAUGUCCAGAUUUGUACCUUUCGUUGCAAUUUGUCUACUCAACGCCUCAAUCUCGGAGACGCUCGGACUCCUCAUCGGAUCUAUCUUCUCAGUCACGUACGGUUCUGUGAUUGCAUCCGCCGUGUCCGGUUCCUUCCUGAUGCUGGCGAUGUACGGUAUCGGAUUCGGCCCUGACAUGGAACGCUUUUGGUCCACGUUCCAAUCGUGCUCGUACAUUAGAUACGUGCUCUCAGGGUACGUCCUCACCAUGUACGGCCCUGGCAGGGACGUGCUGCCCUGCAAGGACUUCUACUGUCACUUCAGACGACCUUCGGAGCUCCUCAAGAUCAUGGGCAUGUCUGGCUCGGAUCUCUCCGUCCAAAUUGUCGUUCUGGCUGCAUUUUUAGUCUUUUACAAAUCUCUCUCGUACUUCGCACUCAGGGUCAGACUGAUGCCCGAGUUCAACAGUAGAAUGCUCAAUGAUCUGUCCUACAAGAUUGUGAAUUUGAAGCAAAAAUGCUAAGUGCAAGGUUGUGAUCAUUUUGUGAGGUUAUU